AUGGCACAAUCAAAUGCGCGCUCAGCGCAAGCUUCCAAAAUCCUCGAAACAAGUCCACUGGACCCUGCAGAAGCCCGAUGGAUACGACUCGGCAAAAUCACCUACACGGAUCCCCUAGGCGUGAAACGAGUAUGGGAAACGGCUGAGCGACAGACCCGCCCCAAAAACAGUACGAUCGACGGCGUCGGCAUUAUCGCCAUCCUCGACACGGCCCAGGGCCCCGAAAUUCUGCUCCAAAAACAAUUCCGACCUCCUAUCAACAAAGUCUCUAUCGAGGUACCUGCUGGAUUGAUCGAUGAAGGCGAGACACCUGAGCAAUGUGCCGUGAGGGAACUCAAGGAGGAGACGGGUUAUGUAGGCGCGGUCGAGAAGACGAGUACGGUUAUGUUUCACGACCCAGGUCUCACCAACGCAAACUCAAGCCUCGUCCACAUACGAAUCGACAUGAGUCUUCCGGAGAACCAGAGCCCCGUCCCAGAAUUGGAGGAAAAUGAAUUCAUAGAAUGUUUCACGGUUCCUUUGGCGACGCUGUAUGAAGAGACGAAGCGCCUCGAACAGGAAGGAUUUGGAAUUGAUGCACGUGUAGGCACGUUGGCAGAGGCUAUUGAGUUGGGGAAGAAGUACUCAUUUUGA